AUGUCUGUCAACAGUGAUGUGAGUAAAUCUUACUAGAUAAGUGGGUCAUAGGGCAUUAAUGGUUUAACUACCCAGUCUAGUUUAUAUGGGAUGAAUCCCUCGAUAACUUUAUCGAAUGACAUUAAAUAUGAGAAAUCAAAUGAUCCAACUAGAGAUAAAAGUCCCCUUUCUACUGUAGUUAGAAUACGCGGAAGACAUAACUAAAUGGUUGAAACAAAGGGGCAUAUUUUGAUGACACUUGAUGAGGAAAAGAAAAUACAAGAGAAGAAGAAAUAGUUAAGAAGAUCUAAUGAUAGAUUAAAAAUGCUAGAAUAAAUGGAAAAAGACAGAUAAGCUAAAGUUGAGCAAGAGCUGGAGAGAUUAAUGAAUGACAAAGCUAAAAGAGAAGCUGAGGAAUUAAGAAAAAGAGACUUGAUUAAACUAAGAAAGCAAGCUUAAGGUGCAUUGACUCAGUCAAAUGAGCUCUUACCUAUAUCAGAAUUAAAAAAAUCAUAAAUAUGA